CGGCGACGCCGAGGUCGACGAACUCAUUCAGAAUACUCAACGUGAGGCCACUAGCAAAUUUAACUUUUUAGAAUGGAUACCCUACGAAAGUCUUCUAGAUGUUAAGCAAAUUGGAAAAGGUGGGUUCGGACUAGUCUACUCGGCAAAGUGGGUUGACGGUCCGCGUUCCAAAUGGUGUAGUGAGACAAAAACAUGGGCAAGGUAUCCCGGAGUAGAUGUAGCUUUAAAGUGUCUGGUCGAGGGCAAGCCCAAUAAGGAGCUUUUUGAAGAGAUCCUGUCACAUCUUGCAGUUAACAAAGGUGUCCUUGGACGCAAUAAUACACUUCGCAUCUACGGAUUGACAAGAAACCCCCAAAUUCCUGACAAGUUUAUGAUGGUCAUGACACUCGGGGACGAGGGAGACUUACGUUCCUUCAUAAAUAAGAACUUUCCUCACUUAGACUAUUUAAAGAAACUAGAAAUACUUUUUGACAUAAUUACCGGUAUUCUCCAGAUACAUCGAGUUGAUCUUGUUCAUCGAGACUUGCAUUGCGCAAAUAUUAUGUGCCAACGAUUUAUAAAACCAGAAGAGGGACGGGACGAUCGCAAAUAUGUAGUGGGAGAUUUGGGAUUAACUCGGAAUGUAUUACACAAAAACAAACAUUUUUAUGGCAGGAUUUCAUAUUGUGCCCCGGAGGUACUUGAGAGUCAAAAAUUUAGUAAAGCGUCUGAUAUUUAUAGUUUUGGAAUAAUUAUGUGGGAAUUAGUGACAGGUCAAAAACCAUUCGCGAACAUUGACCAAGAAGUCUUACGGAUUCUUAUUGCUAUAGGUAACACGCCGAUUAACAUCAGUGAACCGAAAAUAGAUGUACACUUUCCACCAUGCUACGAGCUGUUGAUGAAACAAUGUUGGAACCGAGAACCGGAGAAAAGACCAAGUGCACAAAAGAUUUAUGAGACGAUAGGCGUUUGGUUGCAAACAUUAAUGUUUGCGAAAGAUGGAAUGAUUGCUCAGGAGUUUUCAGAAGCGAAUAAGAAAAGGCCGACAAAAAUACCAGAAGAGGCGGGACCGCAAUUAUCUAUGUCGCAUCCAGCAGAUUCAUCGGAUUUUGGUAUGGCACUUUGA